AUGAAGUUCUACGCUGCUCAGGUUCUCGCUUUGGCCAGCAUCGCCAGCGCUCUUCCUCGCCCCAACUACGGCACUGGAUCUUACACUCAGCCAAGUGCUCCUCUCUCUACCGGUGUCUCUGGUCCUAGCUACGGAUCUGGUGGCGCUAGCUCAGGCCCCAGCUACGGCUCUGGCUCUGGCUCUUCUGGCUCUUCGGGCGACAAGACCCCCAGCUCUGGCAAGGGAGGCCUCAACCUUCCUGGUCUCGGCGGAGGUGCCGGUCUCCCUGGUCUCGGUGGCUCUGCAGGAGGAAAGGGAGGUCUUGGCGGCAUGCUCGGUGGCCUCAUGGGUGCCGGCUCUGGCAAGCUCCCUGGUCUCUCCGGCGGCCUCAACAUCCCCGGCCUCAGCGGUUCAGGCGGUGCCAAGGGAGGACUUCCCGGCCUCAGCGGAGGUGCUGGUCUUCCCGGUCUCGGUGGCUCUGGCAAGGGAGGUCUAGGUGGCCUCGGUGGCCUCAUGGGCGGAAUCGGAGGCGCUCACGGAGGCGCUGAUUCAAUUGGAGGCUCGGCCAAUGCUGGUGCUGGCGUAGGAGGUGGCAUCGGCGGCGGUGCUCACGGAGGAGCUGGAGCUGGCAUUGGUGGCUCUGGUUCCGCAGGAGCGGGCGCUGGCAUCGGCGGCGGUGCUCACGGAGGAGCUGGAGCUGGUAUUGGUGGCUCUGGUUCCGCAGGAGUUGGAGCUGGCGUUGGUGGCUCUGGUUCCGCAGGAGUUGGAGCUGGCGUUGGUGGCUCUGGUUCCGCAGGAGUUGGAGCUGGCGUUGGUGGCUCUGGUUCCGCAGGAGUUGGAGCUGGCGUUGGUGGCUCUGGUUCCGCAGGAGCUGGAGCUGGGGUUGGUGGCUCUGGUUCCGCAGGAGUUGGAGCUGGCGUUGGUGGCUCUGGUUCCGCAGGAGUUGGAGCUGGCGUUGGUGGCUCUGGUUCCGCAGGAGUUGGAGCUGGCGUUGGUGGCUCUGGUUCCGCAGGAGUUGGAGCUGGCGUUGGUGGCUCUGGUUCCGCAGGAGUUGGAGCUGGCGUUGGUGGCUCUGGUUCCGCAGGAGUUGGAGCUGGCGUUGGUGGCUCUGGUUCCGCAGGAGUUGGAGCUGGCGUUGGUGGCUCUGGUUCCGCAGGAGUUGGAGCUGGCGUUGGUGGCUCUGGUUCCGCAGGAGCUGGAGCUGGCGUUGGUGGCUCUGGUUCCGCAGGAGCGGGCGCUGGUAUCGGUGGCGCAGCUUCUGGCCACGCAGGAGCUGGAGCUGGCAUUGGCGGCGCUCACGGCGGAGCAUCUGGAAGUGUCGGAGCUGGCAUUGGCGGCAACGCUGGCGCAGGUGGCUCAACUGGGGCUUCAGGUUCAGGUUCAGGCUCAGGCUCAGGCUCAGGCUCAGGCUCAGGCUCGGGCUCGGGCUCUGUUGGCACAUACAACUAG